CUUGAUUACCCGUUUAUGGUUUUUAGUGUUUUUUAUCUUAAAGACAAGUAUGACUAAUGCCAAACGGCGGGCAGCUUGAUUCCGUAGAGGAUUAAAGAUCCUACUCAGAAAUGAUAACGCACUUAAGAAUUGCACCUCAUUGACAGUAAGUCGAGUUCCUAGCUUAAAUUCUCAUUAUUUCCCAGAGAAAUAUAUCAGUCUAAACUGAGUUCAUGCGCAUACAUUACACUCCAUGUGUUUCUUUUUUAUGACGCAUUUCUCUUUAUUUCAUGACGCAGAUGGAGUAAUGUUAAAACAAAUUAAGCGCCUUGCAAAUUCUGUAACCUUCCCCUAAAUCAGCGAACUGUUAAUUUUGAUUUGACACAAGCUAUUUUGUUAUGAAUAGACAAACAGUUAAUAUAUGUGCUAUCGGGUUCUGCUCAUUCACUCUAUUCUCUGGUUACUUUGCUCUGGCAGAUAUUCAGAAAACCUUAUUAGUGAGUGCGCACGAUGACAACACUAAUUUCAACGUUGAUGGCUACACUCUUGCAGGAGUUACAUACUCUUCUUUUGCAAUCAGUUUAUUCCUCGUUCCUUCAAUUAUUUCACUCAUUGGCCCGCGAUUGACAAUGUUCAUUGGAGCUGCAUGCUAUGUAGCUCCUCCAAUAACAAUUUUACUAGAGAAUAGUUGGUUACUCUACAUAGCAGGAUCCCUCAAUGGAAUCGGUGCCGCUCUAAUGGUUACUGCAACUUCAACUUACAUAGUAUUGAACUCAACCGAGGAAACGCUUGCACGAAACUCGGCUUUAUGGUGGUUCCUUUAUCAGUGCGGGCAGUUUCCAGGCAAUCUAUUCACAUACCUUACAUUCAAAAAUGUAACCUUGAAAAUAGAUGAGACAACCCGUCAUCAUGUCUUAUUUGUGCUGACUGGAAUCAUGGCUACAGGAGCUUUGAUGCAUUUAUUUCUAAGAGAGGUGCACGGAGAAGGAAAGGAACCACCUGCUACCCCGUGGCAAGCAUUGAGGAAGACCUGGGAUAUAGCUCUAUCUCGAAAUACAGCUAUUCUUUUUGCAGCUUUUGGAUAUUGUGGUUUACACAUGUCUUUCAUCGUGGGCAUCUAUGGAUCUAGCAUUGGGUUCACAUUACAAAUUGGAGAAGGUGUUAAAAGACUCGUUCCCUUGUCUGCAAUUUUGAUUGGAUGCGGAGAAGUGUCGGGUGGAGUUCUGGUACAAAUUUUUGGGAACGUGAAGAUACGUCGGAUUAACGUAUUUUUUGUUUUAGCUGUAAUCCUUAAUUGUUUCUUCUAUUUGAUGGUUUUUUUGAGCUUACCCAGUAACGCGAAUUUUGGAAAUACGAAUCAAAAAUCUAUUAUUGAACCGAGGAUAUGGCUCUUACUACUCGCGAGUUAUUCGUUUGGAUUGGGUGACAGUUUUCUUAACAUUCAGUUUUAUUCUUUAAUUGGAUCUCUUCAUCCUACGGAUAGUGCAUCUGGAUUCAGUAUCUUCAAAAUCGUGAGGACUGCUUUCACAGCUGCUAGUUUCUACUACGGCCGCUACCUACCUUUGCCAACUCUACUCCUCGUUUUAGCGAUUUUCGGUGCUCUUGGAAUGAUAGCUUUUAACGUAGUGAGCGUCAUCCAUGAACGGAAAAAACCAGCAGACAAACAUUAAAAGCUUCGAUUGAAUGAUUUUCAUUUAGAGUCACGUAUUUUCAGAAAAUUCAUCAUUUAAUACAAUCUGAAUUAAUCUAAAUGGACAGGAAGCAGUUUCCUACAGGUUCAAUCAAUACAGUAGCAGGUAUAUAGGCAGGUAGGCGGCAAGUUCAGGCAGUAUCAAUUUGAUUCUUUCGUAUUAUGCUCUGCGUAUUGAUCAGUGGCGUGGCGUGAAUUGCGAUAUAUCGAUUGUUCUGUCAUUUAAACCUAUGUUAAAGAAUCGA